AUGGACGCCCCACGAUCUUCAUCACGCCCUCGUCCUACCUCCAGGCCUACUACGCCCCUACGCCCAAGUUCGCGCUCAUCGUUCCGAGAGGCUCAUGGCUAUGGAAACAGCAUCGGAAACUCAGGGUACACGCAGCCCGCGAUCAAUGCCCUGGAACCACAAUUCGCCGAGUUGGCCGACUCCAUGGCCGACCUUGAAGCCAAUUUCAUGCACUUACAGUUAAUGCAUGAGAGCCUGACGCGCUUCAGCGAGAGCUUCGCCAGCUUCUUGUACGGGUUGAACAUGAACGCUUUCUGCGUGGACUUCCCAGAGGCGCCAAUCGGAGACUCAUUCAGGAAAGCCAAGCAGGACGAGGAGGAGCAACAGGAAAGAGAGGAAGAGGCGGAACAAGUGCGACCGGAUGAUGGCGAGAUGACUUUCAUGUAUGCUGCAGGCUCGCGCGCGUCGUCGCGAGGUACUGCCCGUGGUGCAGCAACCAGUCGCUACGCUACGCGAGGGACUGCUCGUGGUGGUCGUGCGAGUGGACUGCCUAGAGGCCGAGGCAUUGGUACCCGGUAA